AUGGGAUCUGUGCCAUAUGGCGAGUGUGGGACCACGGAGGUCAUCACAGACAAUUCUCGUGUGUACACAAAUCUUUAUUCGCCAAUUGAUGGCGGUCAGGCUGUGGCAGUUACUUGUACAUGUCCGCUGAUAGAGGGCGGCAAGUGUCAGCCGGCCGCUUCAGUGCUGGACUCACUGAGUCCUGUUCACCAGAGCAGCCCUCGUCGAUUGCAAGGCGCGCUUGUGAAUAGUCGGGCAACGACUGGAAAAUCUGGAAGUACUCUCGUGUCCUUCUCAAGCAACAAACAGGUGUUCCGGUUUGACUUGAAAAAUGCUGAGGAUGGGAUUAUACCGUGGCCAGCUACCUGUGAUGUUCGAACAAAUAAUGGCACCGGCCAAAGACGAAUAAUUGACAACGGCUGUCCUCUGGACCAGGGCUUGCUCUUCGAAUACCACGCUGCUGAAACCCCGGGAACUACAAUAUUCUCGACGGCUCCUUUUGGAUCGAAAUACGAGCGAAGCUCUUUGAGCAUUACUUGUGCUCUGACCGAAGUACCUGAAACUAAGGUGACGGAAAUGUUAGCAACAUGUCCAGGAUACACGGCUCCGCGUCGUAGUUUGGCAGAGGCAUCGAAUUCGAAGACUGUGAAAAUGAAGACUGGGGAGCCGUUUUCCGGCAUGCUGUCUGCGGACAGCACUCACUUGAAGUUUGGGAAGACAUUGAGGGAAACGGCUAAGGAUAAGGAAGAAGUGGAAGUUCGGAGCAGGGUAAAGGUGUUGGAGAAGGCCGUCUCAUCUGGAGCCUUCGGCAAUUUUGAAGAAGCUAUUCGCCGAGCGGAGGAGUUCGACGAGUCGGUACGGAAGCCGGAGCAGAUCGGCGGGGGCACGAAUCGGUUGCCCCUGGAUCAGGUAUAUAAUCAGUACAUUCAUGGACCAGUUGCCGUCAACUGGGGUGCUCAGGGCUCUACUCGCGCGUGGGACGCUGGAGUGGUGGCGCCCAUAUUGUACAUGAAUGGUGGCCUGUCUCCGUCGAACCGGGGUGGAUACUACUCGGUGGGCGUACACGGGGACUUGCUGAAUACUCAGUGGGUCGAGGCAACCCAGACUGUGAAUGUCGGUUUCGCGAAGAAGCUGUAUGGUGUGAACGUGGACGUGUCGACUGGAGCUCCCGGCGCCGCUUAUGAAGUUCGAGCUCGCAAUGUGGACGUCAUUAGUGCGGCUGACUCUAUCGACCGGGCGUUUGGGCAACGCGUAGCGGUGCGCAACUUCGGGUUGUCGUACCGUAGGGACCUCAACGACAUCAUUGAUCCGGCUGACAGUGAUUUUGGAACGGAGAUCUACGUCCAGUAUCGUACCAUUAAUGUUGCCUUGGGCACGGAUGUCUUGGACACACGCUACUACAUCUCCAUCGGCAUGCUGGGAGUCAAUGUCGCGGCUACCCGUGACUUUGACUCGUAUGCAACGAACCUCCAAAUCAACUGGGGACGCGGUUGGCAGAUCUUUCUGGAGGGCGAUUUCCCCGACGAUGGAAACCUAAGGCUUGGUCAGGCAGUCGGGAUUGGCAAGCCCAAUCGAAUGUAUCUGGCGGUCGGAAGUGGAGUUGGGGAAACGGGAUUGCCGCUUGCUGCCGUCAACUGGCAAGGACCCCAUGCCCACAUUGGGCUGGGCUGGCUGGAGAAGGGAGGAGAGCGGGUUACGCAGUAUGCUGUCACUGUGGGACGACAUACUUACUUGUGGGAAAAUACGUUCCUCCCAGAUCUCAUUCGAAUUCCUCAGAUUUAA